AAAACACCAGCUUCCUCUUGUCUCAGUGGACUCCCUUCUCCUCCUCCUCCUCCUCAACACAAUCACAUGUUGACAACCCUCACACCCCUGUCAGUAUCGCUUGUGGACAGCUCUUCCUCUUUGAAUCCUCCUACCGCUGGCUUCUAACAUCUUGUUUAUGGGUGCAACAAUACAGCCAUUUGAAAGACAACAAAAAGGACCUCUCAUUUCCUCCUCUACGAGAAACCAGCACCAAGAAUAUGUCUGACGCUAUUUGUAUUGUGGGUUCACUAUUUGGGUCUGCAGAGGGACAACAAGAAUGUGGUUCCUGUUACCUAAUAAACAUGGGGUCUGUUAUGGGCAUUAUUGCCUGUGAUAUAAUCUUGACCAUCUUCAUCACAAUUUCUGUGUUCUGCUUUGUAAAUCUCCAUAAGAGAAGGAGAGAAUGGGAUUCACACAACGAUAAAAGAAACCUUCCGUCAUCAUCAAAGAAAAUGACAACAGAGGUCACAGAAUCUCCCUAUCAGGAGUUACAUGGAGUCCAGUCAGACGUGUACAGUGAACUUCGGCACUUUAGGAAAUGAAUCUGUGGAACUAUAAAAAUACCAACAAUGUCUCCUCUCGCAUUAUUUUCCCAUGCUAUAACACAAUGGGGCUACAUCACAUAUACUCACGCAGCAUUGUAGGUGAUAACAUACAAUAUAUACAGUAUGUGUAGUUUGUAUUUAAUGAAUUUGUAUUUUAUUCAUUGAGUACUCUGUUGUGCUAACAGUGAUGUUCUCUGCCUUAAAUACUUGUUUUUUGUUUUUUAUUUUAAGAUGUCUUGAAGAAUGUAUUAUAUUUGUAUUUAAUUAAUUGUGAAUUAAACUACAGUUUAAAACCCAGGAAUGUGGGGAAAAGGAUGCAUUCUUUAUUGUUUCUGUCUUUUUGUAUUUCUAUUUCAGGAAAUUACAUUUUCACAUUUCAACAACGUAUACAAAGAGUUCAGAUAUUGAGAUUAAAAACAACAAAGCCUUGGAUAGAUUCUGUUUUAAGUAAGAAAAAGUAGUAUACCACAAUCUUUGUACCAAACAUAACACUGUAGCAGUGUACUGUACUAUAACUUCUCCUCUAGUUAUAGUUUUUUUCGGAUCUUUUCACAUGGUCACAUAAAAAAAAAUCUAAAAAUCUAAAUCCGUUUAAAAAAGUCCAAGGAGUGACUGCAUUUGGAAGAAGCCUGUCUGCUUCAUAUGAGUCAACAGAUGGCAGCCACUGA